CUCUCCCAGCGUUCCGUACCUACGUCACAAAGCGUCCUCGGUAAACAUGCUAUUGAGGUUUACGUAUUGAAAUUGUAUUUAGGGCAUUUCGUUCGUAACUCAGCGCCUUGAUUUAACGGGAACACGUUGCUUCAAUAUUUAAUAAAAUGGAGACAGAAAAUCGGAACAAAAAGAGACAUCAGGGGGAAGAUGAAACUCUUGGCUCCGAAGCGUCUGAGGAAGAUGAUUAUGUCCCCUAUGUCCCAGUCAAAAUUAGAAAACAACAAAUGCUACAGAAGAUGGUGCGUUUGCGAGGAAAGGCUGUGGACGAGGAGCAGAAGGAUAGUGGGGAGGAGCAGAGGGAUGAGGAUGAGGGUCUUGGUCCACGAUCCAAUGUCAGUCUUCUGGACCAGCAUCAGCACCUUAAGGAAAAAGCUGAAGCCCGUAAGGAGUCAGCCAAGGAAAAGCAGCUGAAAGAAGAAGAAAAGAUUCUGGAGAGUGUUGCAGAGGGCAGAGCCCUCAUGUCUGUGAAGGAAAUGGCCAAAGGUAUCAUAUAUGAUGAUCCAAUUAAAACCAGCUGGACUGCACCACGCUAUAUCCUAAAUAUGCCAGACACUCGACAUGAACGUGUCAGGAAGAAAUUUCACAUUCUGGUCGAUGGAGAUGGCAUUCCUCCUCCAAUCAAAAGCUUCAGGGAGAUGAAGUUUCCACCAGCAAUUCUGAAAGGUUUAAAAAAGAAGGGUAUUGUGCAUCCCACACCCAUUCAAAUCCAAGGAAUCCCUACUGUUCUGUCAGGCCGGGAUAUGAUUGGCAUUGCCUUUACUGGUUCUGGAAAGACUUUGGUCUUUACUCUACCGAUCAUCAUGUUUGCCCUGGAACAAGAGAAACGGCUUCCAUUCUUUAAGAGAGAGGGACCCUAUGGACUCAUCAUCUGCCCUUCACGAGAGUUGGCGAGGCAGACACAUGGCAUUAUAGAGUAUUAUUGUAAACUGCUGGAGGAAGAGGGGGCUCCUCAGCUGCGCACUGCCCUUUGCAUUGGAGGAAUGUCUGUUAAGGAGCAGAUGGAGGUAGUAAAACACGGGGUCCACAUGAUGGUCGCCACCCCUGGCAGAUUGAUGGACUUGUUGCAGAAGAAGAUGGUGAGUCUGGACAUCUGUCGGUACUUGGCUCUGGAUGAAGCUGAUAGGAUGAUAGACAUGGGCUUUGAAGAAGACAUUAGAACCAUCUUCUCAUAUUUCAAGGGACAAAGGCAAACCCUUCUUUUCAGCGCUACUAUGCCCAAAAAGAUCCAGAACUUUGCCAAGAGUGCGCUAGUCAAACCUAUCACUAUCAAUGUCGGCAGAGCAGGUGCUGCCAGCUUGGACGUCAUCCAGGAAGUGGAAUACGUCAAAGAGGAGGCCAAAAUGGUUUACCUGCUAGAGUGUCUCCAGAAGACACCACCUCCUGUGCUGAUAUUUGCUGAGAAAAAGGCUGAUGUUGAUUCCAUCCAUGAGUAUCUUUUGCUAAAAGGAGUGGAGGCAGUCGCUAUCCAUGGAGGAAAAGAUCAGGAGGAAAGAACCAAAGCAAUAGAGGCAUUCAAAGAAGGAAAAAAGGAUGUUUUAGUAGCAACAGAUGUCGCCUCCAAAGGUCUGGAUUUCCCAGCCAUUCAGCAUGUAGUGAACUAUGACAUGCCUGAGGAGAUAGAGAAUUAUGUGCACAGAAUUGGACGAACAGGACGUUCAGGCAAGACGGGUAUCGCCACGACAUUCAUCAACAAAGGCUGUGACGAAUCGGUACUAAUGGACUUGAAGGCCCUGCUUGUUGAAGCCAAGCAGAAGGUUCCUCCAGUCCUCCAGGUUCUCCAGACAGGAGACGAGACCAUGCUGGACAUUGGAGGAGAGAGGGGCUGUACAUUCUGUGGUGGUCUGGGCCAUCGUAUUACGGACUGUCCUAAGUUGGAGGCCAUGCAGACGAAGCAGGUCACCAACAUUGGGAGGAAAGACUACCUGGCUCAUAGCUCCAUGGACUUUUAAAGUGCAUUCAUCAAAGCUGCAACUGUCCAAAGCUAAUUGGAUCUGCAAAACAUUUCUAAGGAAAUGCUGCUGUAUCACUGACCUGAGGAAGUAUAUUUGUAUCAUCGCUUAACAGUUUGCACGUCUGUUAGACAAAUCGAUAGCAUCUUUUCCCAGCUGGGUAUUCUUAUUUGGUAUCAGAUGUGUUCUCUAUGUGUAGCCUGUGUCAAUACUUUUAUACUUUAAUUGUAAAUAAAAGUCUCUGUAUAUCGGA